AAUAUAAUUAUUAAAAUUUUAAAGAAAAUAAGAAGUGAUGAUCUAAAAAUCAACUAUCCAUAUUACUAAAUUGUAUAGGCAUCGAAAAAUAUUAUUGAGAAAUAAGAUGGAGUACAGUGAAAUGUGACUGUGAAAUAUCAACAACGCACUGGGGGACGAAUGCCAUGGAAUUUCUCCUGUUAUCAAAACACGUACACGACUGAAUUAAGUCUUCAUUUUAUUUGCGUGCAAAGUUGUGCCUAUAUUCUUAGAUUUCAGUAAUCACAAAAAUAGUGCUCACUUUCUCAAAGCCAAUGGAUUAUACGAAUGUGUAUAUUCAUAUGUAUAUGAUUGUGUAUAGGGACUUGUUGCAUUCGUUCUGGUUCUGAUGUUGGAAAAUAUGUGUGUAUGUGUUCAAUUCAUUUUCCUACCGAAGUGCACAUAUCUUUUGCGCCUCAAGAUCGGUUUGCUUCCAAUUUAAUUUCUUUGCAAGUGUAUCGCAACUUAGCUUGCUGCUUCUAGGCGUUGCUGACGUUUACAUUUUUUAAACUUUUAGUGUUUGGAAGCCAUACUAGUUCUAUUCAAUAGAAAAUUGAUCCUUAAGAAGAAAGCAAAUAAAUAAAUGCAUAAGAAGAAAGCAAAUUAAACAUGGGAGAUACAAACAAAAAAAGCAGCCCGAAGGCUAUAGAACUAGGUUAUCAUCAAAGCAGCCCAAGUAACGCUGUAAAAAUUUUAAAUGAACGGGCUUCAAAGCGAACGAAGCAAAAUAGUCCAGAUAUCAGCACACCAUUAAAACAUGUCAAGCUCUCCAUAGGCAAAACCAAAACUCCACCUGAAAAUAAUGAAGACAUGGAUCAUUAUGUUUUGAAAACAAUAAAAGACGAAGGUAACUCAGAUGGCGGAGAAACCAUAGCUUUUGUAUUAUCCGACAAGAAUGAAAAGCCAAAAGAGAUUGCUAAUGCUGCAAGUGAAGUUGCCGAAGAGCUGCAGAUAAGCGACGAUGAGGAGGAUGACGAUGAUAAUGAUGGCAAAAAUGAUAUGGUUGAGCAUGUGUGCGGAAAAUGCUAUAAAACUUUUAGACGUUUUAGUGGACUUAAGAACCAUAUGGAAUUUUGUCGCUUUGACAGUGGAUAUCAUUUACGCAAAAAUGAAAUGUUAAAAAACUUGGAAAAAAUCGAAAAAGAUGCUAUUACUAUGGAAAACAAAGAUAUUUGCUUUUGUUGUGGAGAAAGCUAUGACACAUUCCAUUUGGGACAUAUAAAUUGCCCAGAUUGUCCAAAAUCCUUCAAAUCGCAAAUGAGUUACGAACGUCACAUAUUUAUUACACAUUCUGAAUUCGACACUUAUCCUUGCUCCAUUUGUAAUGCAAAGCUGCGCAGUGAAAAUUUGCUUAAACUACACGAAGAGCAACAUAAAAAUCGAGGCAAGCCCUUUGCUUGUAAAAUAUGUGGCAAAGACUUUACACGUGCCUAUCACCUUAAACGACAUCAAAAGUAUUCAUCCUGUUCGGCAACAGGUAGUGAUUCUAUGAAAUGUAAGGUGUGCGAUAAGGCUUUCUUCCGUUUGGACAAUUUACGUGCACAUCUUAGACAGCACCUGGGUACACAUGUAACUAAGAAACCCGAAUAUAGAUGUCCACAGUGUAAAAAUUGUUUCUACAGUUUAUCUACUUUAAACAUUCACACUCGAACACAUACGGGGGAGCGUCCUUUCGAUUGUGAUUUGUGUGAAAAGAAAUUUCCUUCUUUAAUUGCGUUGAAAAAACAUCGACGCUAUCACACUGGAGAGAAGCCUUAUACUUGUUCUGUGUGCAAUCAAUCGUUUGCAGUUAAAGAAGUGUUAAACCGUCAUAUGAAGCGGCACACAGGAGAGCGACCGCAUACAUGCCCGGAGUGUAAGAAAAGCUUUAUUCAAGCAUCUCAAUUACGUAAUCAUGCUCGUACGCAUAUUUUGCCUUUUGAAUGUUCAGAAUGCGAUCAAAAGUUCAAAACACAGAAACAAUUGGAAAAGCAUGGAAAGGUACAUUUAAAAAAAUGUUUAGAUUGCAAUAGUACUUUUCGCGAUCAAGCAGAAUUGGAAGAACAUAUGGCAAAAUCCGCUCAUAAAAAUACCUGCAAAACGGCUAGGAAAACAGCAACACGUAAAUCUACAAAACGCAAGCGCACGGAUUGUGCUGUAUGCGACCAAAAGUUUGGCACUGUUAAGGAAUUACAAUUUCAUAUUCUUAAAGUUCACGAAACGGACCCUGAAGAUUUUGUUAAUGAAAAACCAAAAGACACUAAAACUGUUAAACCUGUAAAAGCCGAUGUUUACAAAAUAGCAGAGGAGACAUCAAAUGAAAUUCAAAUUCUAAGUGAAACUGAAGGUAAUGCCGCCAUUAUGGCUGCAGGCAGUGUGAACAGCAAAGAAAUUUAUAAUAACAAUGAGGGCAAUAAUGGUGGUUUAGUUGUGAAAGAAUUCAUAGUCAAUAAUGUACCUGCCACUAAUGAAGGGGAUAUUGUUUUGCAUGAUGAAGCAUACACUGUUAUACCGUUGGACGGUGAUGGGCCAAUUGAAACUGUUACUGCUGUGACUGUGGGCUCCAUUGACAUAACUACCGAGGUUAAAAAAGAGCGACGCAAAUCAUUGGCUGAAUCACUGGCUGUGGCUAUUGGAAACGACAGUGUGACUUUGAAAGAGCCGAUUCAGUUGAAUGAAGAAGAUAUUAAAUUAAAGGAGAAUGUUGGAAAACUACUGGAUAUGUUGGUCGACAAUAAGACAUUAAAGAAAUUCGGCUGGCCAACCAACUCCGAAGAGAAUGUUUUAUGUCGUGUUAUUGAAAAUUGUGGAUAUAACUUAACAAAAGAUGCUGAGCUAUAUCGUGAUUGCGAUUAUGCAACGCGAAUGCGUGAAUAUGUAAAGUUGCUAUUUACCGUAGUAAUUCAUAAUGAUUCUAUUAAAGAAUUGUUAAAUAAUUAUCCCAUUGAUGAAGUAGUUGAAUAUGUUUUGGGUAAUGAUGAUGACGAAGAUGAUGAUGGCGAUAAUGACGAUGAUGGGGAAAAUAGAAAUUUUUGAAAUAAUUUUAUUACACAUAAAUGCCUUGGUUAUUUUGAUCUAAAAAUAAGAUUUCUAAAAGAACAUAUGGAGUUGAAGUUGCCUUCUCACGUCUUAGCUUUUUGAAAUGAAAUUUGAUGUUACUAUGUACAGAUUUAUAUACAUAUACAUGAAUUACUAUUAUUGAA